GUCACUUGUUCACAAUGGACCUCUCACACUCAUCCAUCUUCCCCCCCUCCCCCCCCCGUUCUCUCCUCACUCCCCAGUAACCGGCUAGCCCCUAGCAACCACGACCGGAUACAGAGGCUGAGGCAGGAGUUCCAGCAGUCCCAGAACGUCCCUGACGACCCGGACGACCGUAGGAGGACCUACAGCUUCGAGCAGCCGUGGUCAAACACCAGCAGCAAUGGUCCGGGUGGGUACAGCCAACCGGGUCGCCACUCGGUGUCGGUCGAGGUUCAGAUGCAAAGGCAGAGACAGGAGGAGAGAGACUCGUUCGCCCAGGCACAGCGGCAGUACAGCUCCUGCCACG